AUGAGAAUCACCACGUUCCUUACGGCUUCCCUCCUCCCCGCCGGCCUUUUGGCCGCUUCGACCGACAAGAUGGUCGACCCCCACUAUGGUUAUGUUCGAAAGGAGCCCAUCUCCUGUAAAAUUGUCAACGUCUCUUCGACAGUGAAUUGCCGGUCGGGCCCCGGCACCCAAUACAAAAAAGUCACAGAGUUGAAGGGCAAAACCGUUGGCAGCUUCAUGUGUGUGAAGACUGGAGAAUGCGUAACGGACAGCGGAAACGUUAACUGCGGCUGGCACCAAGUGCAAGUCAAAGACAAGACUUGCUACAUCAACGGUCACUACACCGACGAGAACUGCACUCUGGUCUUAGCCUGCUCGUUGGUUCCGAUGCCCAACACACAAGAAGACCUGGAGAGCUUGAGUGCGGGGCCGCGACCAUUGCCAGACUCACUGGAGUCACCGUCAACCCCUGAGUCUGGGCGACAGCCAGAUCAACCCCAUCUUCGAUCACCCACAACCGCUAGCAUCGCACUCUUAGUUGAUGACUUCUCUCGCGUUUGCACCCAAGAUCCUGAAAACACUGAGGAUAUGCCACGGCAAGCUGCGGACAUCACAGCGACCCAAAUGCCCGCGGAGUCCAAAACUCACGGUCAUCCUCAUGGUAUCAAAACCCAACAGUGCCAACACUCACCCGCCCCCAAUGCUGCUGCGUCCCCCGGCGGCAACACGGAUGCCGAUAUCUCAGACGAUGAGCAGCAGAGUACUGGCUCGGAUGAAGCCCCGGUCGGGCACAAUCCAGACAAUGGCGGCGAGUCCGAGAUGAUCGACCGCAUCAUGAAAAGUUUCUGCGCUUCGCUCAAUCUCAAGAUUGCCGGCAUCAAAGGGGCUAAAGCACGUCCGGUGGUGAAGAAGGAGGAAUUAGGGGAGGCGGAACCUCGCAAACCACCCGUUGCUACCACCAAAACUGUACUAGAGGACACUGCCCCGGGUGCAGUGUUGCCGAAACGUCGUGCCGUGGAGAAGAGAAAGACCAAACUUCGGGGCUGGAGUCAUCCCACCGACGUGCAGCCGGCGCCGAGCGCCCCAGGGUCCGGCAUCCCACAACCUGGGCCAAGUGCGAUGGCCUCGUUCUUCACUCCAAUGUUGGCUACAACUCACGCCCCAGCACCGGCAUCUUUAGGAUUCCCAUCAACAACGCACGGGUCGUCCCCAGGUCCACCCCCACCACCCUUACCUGUGACUUUCGCAUCAUUCCGUUCCCGCCGACAGGCGCCCGCACCGUCUCCUCCCCCUCCUCCACCUCAAGCGCCUAUGCGGUUUGUGCGGCGAGCAGGGGGGCUGUCCAGUCCGCUUUCCGCUGCCGCGCCACCGAGUGGUGGAACCAUCCAGCUUCUGGCUCGCUCCCAGAACCAAGAAACUUCAGUCGCGGGAGCUGAGCUCAGCAGUGCAGGAAGACUUCCUGCCUUCCGGGCCCGCUCGUCGGGAGAAACGCAGGCUCAAUACGAAAUGGUAGAGUCAGGCCUACUACGCCCUCAACAUGCCCCUGAUAGCCCACUAGACGACGGUGAACAGACCUUGCCCGGCGGGGGCGCUUCUCAGUCAAGUAACACCUAUUUUGGUUCUGUCACGACUAAUACCACCCCUUUCGAAACCAACGCCUCGUCGGCCGAGCAAGAAAUGGAUUUGCCCUUCGUCAGAUACAGCUUCAAGGCCUUCGGAGGCCCGCCCUUGGCGCACCAAUCCGUACCGCCUCUUCCUAAUCUCCUCAACCAAGACCCGAUUCCCUCGGCCCAGGCCCAGCAAUAUGGGUUGGAGACGCCUGAGGAAUGGCAAGCUACGCAGGGAAUGAAGCGGGCCUCCGGACCUGAGGCAUUGGGUCCGGGUACAUUGCCUCAAACGCCUCAAGAAGACGACGGCGACGGCAGGCGCAAGAAGACCAAGCGAGCUUCGUUGAGCGUUGCGGCCCCGAGCCAAGAGAAAGGCACGGGCAAAUUUGCCUGCCCCUAUUUUCAACGGAAUCCGAAAAAGUACCGCAAGUGGACUUCAUGCCCUGGGCCGGGAUGGGACGAAGUGCAUAGGGUCAAGACGCACCUCUACCGGCGACACGCCCUUCCCAUCCAGUGUCCCCGGUGCUGGGAAACUUUUAAAACAGACGGCCAACUCCAAUUACACUUGCAACAAGACCCACCAUGCUCGGUUCAAAGGAAUCGAACCAUCCAAGAGGGCUUUACUAAGGAUCAAGAAAAGAGACUGCGUAGCCGCAAGAAGACGCAUGCGGACAUGACCGAUGUAGAUAAAUGGCGCGAGAUCUACAUGAUCCUGUUUCCAGAUGACGAGCAGGGUGCUAUCCCAUCCCCAUAUUACGAGUCCGAAGGCGGAAACGAAAACCAGGAGCUAGGCGGACCAGGGGAGUUAGAAGACUACGCCACCUUCAUUCGCCGAGAGAUGCCCACGCUUGUACGACGAGAGUUGGAAACAUUGUUCCGCGAAGAAUUCCAGGACGUCGAGGAACGGGUCCGCCCACGAAUUGCGGAUAUUAUUCUGAAUCUACAGCCGAGACUGCUGGGUCUCUACAAGCAGUCGCAGAUGCCUCUGGACGAAUACGGACCCCAGCAGCACGCGGAUACUGCAAGUGGUAGCGAGCCGACUCUCACGCCGCUGCUGUCACAAGGCACGGACUCGGCAACGGGCUCAACCGGGGGUUUCCGGUAG